AUGAAGCUGAACAUUGCCUUAUUCUUCGCUGGACUUUUCGCAGCGUUGGCAGCUGUGUUCAUCAUCCUUUCCUUUGGGACGGAUUAUUGGCUCCUGGCCUCAGAGACCUGCAAACCAGAUGGAAAAGUUACCGUGGAGCGAGGCGACGUAUUGGUGAACCAAAACGGUGACGACGCGACAUUUUACCACGAGGGGUUCUUCUGGCGCUGUUCUUUCAGUGGCAGGUUGGAAGAGGACAGUAUAUGGAAAUUUUGGUUCACCAAUCAGCCACACACUAAGGAGUGCAUGCAUGCCUACCUCUUCCCAUUUCCUGUAUCUGAGCAGACCCACAAUGCCACCGUCUAUGACUCCGCCAUCAUCUACAGAGGUUUUUGGAGCAUCUUCAUGUUGUUGGGCGUGGCUUGUGUCGUGUUGGGCGGGUUCAUCAUUAUUUGUGCUGCUCCAUUCGCCAGUCACUGCUUAUACAAAGCAGGGGGCGGGCUCUUUCUGAUAGCUGGGUUUUUCCUGCUGGCUGUCACUGUGAUGUAUGUGAUCUGGCUGGAGGUGCUGAAUAUGGUUGGUUUGUAUGUGGAACAUCAGCAGGCCUCCCUGUGUCAGGACUUCCACAUCAACAUAAACUACGGCAUUUCCUUCAUGUUCGCCCCUGUGAGCGUGUUCUUCUGCCUUCUCUCUGGCCUACUCUUCUUCCUGAUUGGUCGCUCCAUACGGUUACAAUAUCACUGA